ACGGCAGUUAUUUCCUAUUCAGGUUCCUGUGUUUCUUUGCACUGUUUGAGCCGUGAAUAUUUGUAAUGAAGUGAGGACCCUAGACCUGGUGAAAAACGGGGUGAUAGUCACAGGAUUCCAUGUAAAACGGAAUGCAUCGGAGGGAUCCACUGGGCAUUGAAAAACGGCUAUCUAUGAAUUUCGCGUAACAAACAAAGCUGCCCUUUCCAGACCACCACAGCUCACCAGCUGGAAGAGAGAGCAACGUAGUAAGCGGCCUAAACUGGCCGCAGUCCGUACAGCCGGAGACCGCUGGGGCCCUCCAUUCUGCCCGCUGCAAGACAGUAGCGCGAUCUAAUUUAUCACUGGAAACGAGGAUGACUGGCUGCUGAAGGCACACAAGUCUAUUUAAUCAGGUGCUGGAGGGAAGGAGAUGUAGCUUUGAACAGAAGCAGAGAAGAGCCUGACCCGCUGUUGGGUGCAGCCGUUGGUUGGCGGUUUCCUGAGUUUCUGUUCGCUCCCGGCGCCUUGGUACCGUUUGGGGGAAUCAGGCACAAUCACUGCCAGCGGAGCGUCUCCAACCCAAUGUCCACGCCGUCCCUUUAAUUCCCCGGACUUUGGUGACCGGUCGGUUGCUAUUGGAAACGCCCCCCCCCCUCUCUGGAGGAGAUUGACGAGUUUUCUCAGCCACGCCUCCUCGCAAAUCAGCCGGGGAAUUGCCGCCGAGUCCGCCCAUCGCUCCCCCCCCCCCCGAUGAGCCACGCCCCAACCCGCACGCCCACAGCCGAAUCCCAGCACCACCGUCGGCAGGAUGACGGAGGCGUGGCAGCAGCACGCGGUGGCCCCGCCCUCGGCGGUGCACACCAUCCCUCAGGGGGUGGAGAACGCGCUGGGCUGCGCCGUGUACGGCAUCGUUCUGCAGCAGGACCCCGGCCUGCAGCAGCAGCAGCAGCAGCAGCCGCACGCCUCCCAGCCGCAGCAGCCCUCCCUGCAGGUAGGGGGCGACGGCGGGCACAAGUGCGGGGCCUGCGGCCACGACAUCUCGCACCUGGCCAACCCGCACGAGCACCAGUGCGUAGUCAGCCAGGACCGCUCCUUCCAGUGCACCCAGUGCCUGAAGGUCUUCCACCAGGCCACUGACCUCCUGGAGCACCAGUGCGCCCAGGUGGAGCAGAAGCCGUUUGUCUGCGGCGUGUGUAAAAUGGGCUUCUCCCUCCUCACCUCGCUGGCCCAGCACCACAACGCCCACAACAGCGGCAACCCCAUGAAGUGCUCCAUCUGCGAGAAGACGUACCGCCCGGGCUCGUCCGGCAACACCACUCCCACCUCCUCGGGCUCCAACCCGCAGCAGCCGUCGGCCGAGGGGGCGGCGGCUAUGGCCCCGGCGGGCUUCGAGGCCCCGGCCCCCGCCGCCGACCGGCCCUACAAGUGCUCGGUGUGCCAGAAGGGCUUCCGCCACCUGUCGGAGCUGUCGCGGCACGAGCGCGUGCACACGGGCGAGCGGCCCUAUAAGUGCGACGCGUGCGACAAGAGCUUCAGCCAGUCCUCGCACCUGGCCCACCACCGGCGCACGCACAGCGACGAGCGGCCCUACAAGUGCGCCGCCUGCGAGAAGGGCUUCAAGCACCGCUCCCACCUGGUGCGCCACAUGUACGCGCACGCCGGCGAGCACCUCUUCAAGUGCAACCUGUGCGAGCUGCACUUCAAGGAGUCGUCCGAGCUGCUGCACCACCAGUGCCAGCCGCAGGCCGAGAGGCCCUUCCGCUGCGGCUCCUGCGGAAAGGGCUUCCGCCGCCCGUCCGACCUGCGGCAGCACGAGCGCACGCACUCCGAGGAGCGGCCCUUCCGCUGCGAGGAGUGCCAGAUGAGCUUCAAGCAGCCGUACGCGCUGGUCCGCCACCGGCGCACGCACAAGGGCGCGGCCGAGCGGCCCUACAAGUGCGCCCUCUGCGACAAGGGCUUCCUGCAGCCCUCGCACCUGCUCUACCACCAGCACGUCCACGGGGUGGAGAGCCUCUUCAAGUGCGCCUCCUGCCAGAAGACCUUCGGGCAGUCCGGGGAGCUGCUGCGGCACAAGUGCGGGGAGGCGGCGGCCACGGCGGCCGCCGAGCGGCCCUACAAGUGCGACGUCUGCGGCAAGGGCUACAAGAAGGCGUCCACGCUGCAGCGGCACCAGGGCCAGCACUGUGGCGAGAAGCCGCUCAAGUGCUCGCUGUGCGACCGGCGCUUCCCGUCCUCGUCCGACUUCGUGCAGCACCAGUGCGACCCGGCGCGCGAGAAGCCCCUGAAGUGCCCCGACUGCGAGAAGCGCUUCAAGUACUCGUCGGACUUCCAGAGGCACCGGCGCGUGCACACGGGCGAGAAGCCCUUCAAGUGCGCCAGCUGCGACAAGGGCUUCAAGCAGCGCGAGCACCUGCUGAAGCACGGCAGCGUGCACGCCCGCGAGACGCAGUUCAAGUGCGUGUGGUGCGGCGAGCGCUUCGCCGACCUGGCCGCCUUGCAGGAGCACACCGUCCAGCACACCGCCGAGGGCGGGGACUACCCAGAGGCCCCCUGCAUAUAGGCCCCCAAAACCCGCCGCCCCGUCCCCUAUACCAGCCGCCCCGUUCCCCCAAACCAGCCGCCCCGUUCCCCCAAACCAGCCACCCCGCCCCCGACCAGAACCCUGGCCCCACUCUCCGUGUAGACCUGCCCCGCAUCUUGCAGAUUUUCACACAUGCGCACACACACACACACACACACACGCACACACACAAAGAUACACUCUCUCUGACACAUACACACGCACUACCCUGUGCCAUGGCUUGAUGCCCUCCUUCAUCGUGGCGUUCGUGUACCGCUACAUGGGCCUAGUUGAAAUAUAUCAGGUGUUGAGCCCACGGUAUUUAUAAAUCAUGUUAUUUUGUAAUAAUGGUUUGAGGGUAGGCCUGUCCGCCUGUCUUCUGAAAGGCCCAAAUGAACAAAGCAUGGACAAAAUCCAAUGCACGUUUGUAGUGGUGGUUCUGGGAAAUGCAGGGACAAGAACCAAAAACCACCUGCCAGUGGUGGUUGAGUACCAAGCUGAAGCAGGGGUGGAGCUAACCCACCAGGCCGUACCUCCCACAAGCAAGGCAAUUGGCUACACCUGGGUCACCUGACACCCUGCUUCCUGUGCUACUGCUUGGUGGACUUCAUUAACAAUCGUGAACAAUCAUCAAGACAUUUUUUUUCCAUCUUCAUGGCCACAUUAGCAAAACUAUGAUUAAAAAUAUAAGGGAAAAUUGUCUAAUUAUUAAAUAUUGUGUGUUUAUUUUCUGGGUCACCGUGGUUACUGCUGGACUUACCAAAGCCUCCACUGUACGACAUCCCAAUGGGGUGUGCUGAAGUUGCUAUGGAAAUGUACAGAAAUAUGUAUACACUUCUAUCUGCCUAUAUAUAUAUACAUAUAUGUAUAUGUGUGUGAUUCCAGCAGCUAAGGAUUAUGGGUCUGUCACCCCUACAAUGACUAGGGACUGUAGAAGGCUCCUUGUUAUUACUGUAUGUACAUAAAUAGUAUGUAUGCUAGUAUGUUUACGAGUCGUGACGUAGGAGUUGCGUUGUAUGCGUUUAUAAAGUGCACCUGCUAUUUUGCCUAUUGACACUUUAUUUUGUGUGGUUAUUUUUAUUAUACAUUUUUUAAUCUUUUUUUUUUAUGGCAAAUAAUUGUACCCUCCAUGUGAUUACACUUGAGUGAUUUGGUGUUUUUGUUGUGUUUGGGGGGGGACUUCCGACUGCAUUUUGUGUGAGGUGAAAAUGUUCUGAAGGAGAGGCUCGUCUUUGUGCCACCCUUUUCAUUUUUUGGCGUUCCCCACGGCGUGCUGAGACGGUACCAUAGCCAUGCAGCACGUCUCCAGGCCUGGAGAGAUGCUGGCACCGGUUCACUGGAUGCCACCUCCAUUGGGCGGUUUCUCCAGCUUGGUCCUGGGGCUGCACUGUCUCUGCUGGUUUUUGUUCCUACUGUAAUUGCAACAUCUGAAUGAGAACAAGCUUUUACUUGUUCUCAAUUAGACCCUUAUGUCCGUUGCAGGAUGACUUAUUUUCUUAAAGCAACAGCAUUACAUGAAUGAAGAAUAAAUGGUAUUCACAUCACAUGAGUUUUAGUCAGCCAGAUCACAUGCUUUUAUUUUUUAUAUUGUGCUAAAUGACCAUUCCAUGGCAAAAAAUGUGGCCACCAGGUCAUUGAAACAUUGAUGACAAGAUUUUUUUUUUUUUAUGAUGAUCAUGACGUAACAAAUAAAAAUUGGACAGACCUGUAUGGUCUUAAAAUACAUUAAAGGAAGCCGUUAUGGUAGAACUUUUAACACGUUUUGUACCUUAACUGGUCAAAAAAAACAUUUGCUGAAUCAAAAGCCAGCAUCCCUCAGGGCCAAGUUGGGACUAGACUAUCAACUCUUUGUUCUUAACAUAGCUGUCUCUGCUGCUGAAGUUGAAGUUGGAGCCAUCUUAUGAGUAUUUUGCGAGGGGGUGUCUCCAAAUAAAGUAUUUGUUGCGAUGGAGGUUCUCCUCAUGGGGCCUACCGUUUCACAAAUGUUCAAAAGUAAUUUGAAACUGUUACUAAUCGGGUUCUCCCACGCUGAGGAAGAAGGGUCUGACAAUCUGGUUUGUAGAGAAUCUGUGGUUUUAUAUCUGUUGCAUUGUGGGUGGGGGGGACACGGAGAGCGAGAACGGACCCCACGCACAACGUUGGAUGGGGUGGAAGCUAAUUGCAUGAGAUAAGUGUUCAUCGCUGCAAAUGAACUGGCCACCUGACCCUUGAGUCCUCACGCUCUCCCACUGGCCCCUGGUUCAGGGAGAUACUUUAAAAAUACAAAUGAGGGGAGAGAAAAAAAAAAAAAAUGUCGAAAAGGAAGAACUGUCUGGAGAGGUCAAAGCCUGCUACUGAAGCUUUUGCCUCAGCAUUUGUUGCUUUACAUUUCUGCUUCAUUUGUUAUGUUGUUUUUUUCACUGCCUGCUUUUGAAAAUGAUCAAGUGAUUAUUGGCCCCCAGACUGAAGUGGUGCUUGAUUUUUUUAUUUUUUUUUUGGAAUGGGGGGAGGGGGGGGAUUGUAUAUUUAAUAUUAUUGUAAGUGCCAGUUUACAGGAGCCCCAAAGGGUAAAAUUGGACUGGGGUCAAAGGUCAAGCCCCCAUUCUCACAGGGGCAGUGGUGAUGCUAAGUGUUACAGUACAGUAUGACGUUUCAGGGCUGUGUGCGGUAGAGCAACGGUACGUUAGCCUUUAGUGCGGAUGAGAGGCCUGUUUCCUGUUGGGGGCCAGAUCACUGCUCACUCUGACUGAUGCUGCUUCAGAUCCGCCCCCUAGCUUCUCAAGGGAAACGACAAUGAACGCAAAUGAUGAGUGCAAACACUGAGUAACCACCCAUAGCGUUUAAAAAAAAAAAAAAGAAAAAAAAAAGUUUUGCAUGUAUGCAAGUUUAAGUGUAUUUUAUUUUCAUUAUUAAAACUUUAUGUGAAAAAUAUCUAUAGUCUCAGUAGGAGUUUGAAAGGGAUGAGUCAUGAUGAGAUUAACUGACUGGUUAUCUGGUGUACAGAUACCAUGACCUUUGACCUGGGCAGUGGGAAGUAGUUAGCCCCCCUCCCCUUGCCUGUAUCACCCUCUGUGCAUGCUCACGGUGUUAGCCUCUGUGUACCUGUCCCCCUUAUGUUUUGUUUUUUCCCCCCCCCUCCAUAUUUGUAGUUUCUGGACGAUUCUGUUAAAGCUGUAUGUGUGGCAGUGGAUGUGUAACCCUCGAGCUGAAGCGAUCUCUAGCAUUUAAUACACACGUCACCCAACAAAUAAAACCUUUUCCAUGAA